AGGGAAAUGAGUGAAGCCGAGUUGCCUGAGAGGUGAAAUCUUCACAUUUCUGAGUCGCCGCGAUAACUACUGGGUCAAUGUCGAGAGAACGGUUUGGAGACACAAUCCGCUGCUUAAGACGAAGGAAUACUUGACUGUCGAGCGUGGUAUUGUGCCGGUGGCCUAUAUUAUUGAGAUGGACAUUAAAGAGAACGAAGGAAUGUCUUCACACAAAGAAGAAGAAUGCCCGGUUCCCAACGGUGAUCAUGACGAAGCAAGUCAUGUCAACAUUUUUAAGGUCUGCUCAAGAGUACAAGCACAAUUUACAGCUUGUUCAUCAGCUGUUACAACAGUAUUAUGCAGUUGGAGAAACAAUGGUUUCAACCAAGGAGGAACUUGAAAUUGCACAGCAAUCCUUAAUUGAGGAGCAGCAGAGAAGCCGCCAAUACCAAAAGCAACUAGAAGACAUCAAAAGUCAGAUAAACAAGUCUGGCAAUAAAUCAGCGAUAAAACUUCUGGAGAAGAUUAUUCAAAAGGAGACAAAAUCGCAGGCAAAUGGAUUCAUUAAAAAGACUAAAUCUGAAAGUUCAUCGGAUGAUUUAAUGCUUUCUUGUGCACUCUGCCAUGAAAAAAUGAGGGUGGGUGACCUGGCUUCACAUUCCAAGGUUUGCUCCUCAAAGGAUACAGGCAAACAACCUACAACUCCAACAACUCCAGGAACAGACAUGCUUCGAGUUACAGUAACCAGUUCAGAGACUGAUGAGAAGAAUGCCACAUUUAAAGUGGUAACAAAGACUACUCAUGAAGACUACAAGUUCUCAGAUUAUGAGGUUCAUCGCAGUGAAGGUGAUUUUGAAUGGCUUCAGUCGGCACUGGAGGAAGCUUGUCCAGAGAGAAUAGUACCUCCUAUGGUGUCACAUUCAUCGUUACAUGGAAAAAUGAGAGAGGUUCAAAGAUUUCUGUCCAGAAUUUGUGCUCACAAGAUUCUGAGAAAACAUCCCCUUCUGAACCUGUUUUUAACAGGGGAAGGUCAGGAUGUACAAAAGGCAAGAGAGGAACUGGAUAAGAGAAAGAGAAAAGUCACCAAUACAGCUGAGAAGACUUUGAAACAGGAACCCUGCGACCAAAACGCUCCAGUGAUCAAAUGCCAGAGAUACUUGGAGAAGUUUGCAGCAAAUCUUGAUGGCUUGAUUACACACCUUGAGGAUAGUCUAAACAAGAACACAGUAGAUGGCCCUGGGUUUUGGUUUAAAUCUUUGGCAGAAUUUGAACCUGCAGAUACAUAUUUAAAGGUUGCCACUGAAGCUCUUAGUAAAAUAUGCAUUGAAUUGGAGAAUAAUCGAGAAACUGCAGAAGAAAAACUUAUUGUAAAUGACCUGAAGAGUGUUCACCACUAUGUCAAGAGUGCUGAGGUUCUUCUUCAAAGAGUGCAGACUGCAGUAGAGAUGUUUUUAUAUUGGGAUGAAGAAGUCAGAAAUUAUGAACAGAUGAAGAAUCCUGGUUCAGAUGAGGAGAAUCCAGAUCAUGGCAGUCAGACACAGAAAUGGGCAGAGGCAAACUCAAACUGUGCAGAUGCUAAAACAAACCUCGAGUUUCUUUGUAAAGACUUGUCUUCUGAGCUUGCUCACUUUGAUUGGCGGAAAGAAGUAGAACUUCGGGAAAUAUUGAUUGAGUACUCAGAACUCAGAUCAGAGCAUUUUGAGAAGGUUCAGAGCAAAUGGUUUGGUGUGAAACUAAUGGUGGAAGCACCCAUAGCAGCUGAGGUUAGGGCAAUCAAGUGUGUGGAGGAUUCCUGAUGAACAUAUUUAAUAGAAGCAUUUUAAAGUUUCUCAGUCUCAAGCCAAAUUUACAAGUUGGCACUCAAGUAAUUGGCCUUACUACUUGAAAAUUAGGUGCUCUAGCAAUGCUUUUAAACAGACAACAUUAAAAAAUAUUUUAUCAGGAUCAUUCACCUAAUAAGUCUGCAGUUAUAAUUAAAAGUUUUCCAACAUUUUUUGCAUAUAAGGAAUACUAUGUUGUGAUGGUAAAUAUAGUUAUUAAGAGCUCUUAAAUAUAAUAUAUGGAAGGUAGUGUAAAAGGUAGUGAUAUUACAAAGAUUUUGCAAAUAUAAGUUCAGCAAACUUUAAAGUAAUCACAAAGUUUACUUCACAUAACUUUAAUAAAAUAAAUAAUUAGCAAAUAAUAUAUUGCAAUAAGUAUAAAAAUAAUUAUUAUUAUAAUAGUAAGAAGCCUUGCUACUUGCAUUAAUCAGAGACCACUCCAAUCCUCAACAGGCCCAAUUUUAGUUCUUUUAGAUGCACAUGAAUUUGCCUAAUCAGCAAAAAAGUUCAGAUAUUAUUUCUCAUACAAAUGGUAAGGGUAAAUGAAUCAAAAGAAACUUUGAAAGGAGAGACAAUGCAAUGUUUUAAUGUAAAUUUAUUUAAAGAUAAAAUUACUUGUUAGAGACUGAAGAGGGGAAUUCUAAUUAUUAUGUUGUGAAAAUUGUACUUUACAGGUUACAGGCACUUUCAAUGUCACUUAAUCAGAUUCCGUGCAUGCCUUACUAGAAGCAUCUUUGAAGCCUUGUGUUAAGUUGGUUCAUGGGUUAGGAAGGGAGAAAGGCAGGGUUAUGGUUUGUUUUCAACAUAAAAGAAAUUGCCAAUUGUUUAUAAUGUCACUGUACAGUUUCUCUUAUGUAUGAAAUUAUAAAAAUUUAUAUUAAUAUAUAGGUAUCAACACCUUUGAUUUGUACGUAACCAAUCAUUUUACCAGAACUAAAAUAAUCAGCAUUACUGGUAAUUUUUUCAUGGUACCUUUGUAAUUUUUUGGUUUUUAGAUGGGUAAAAUGUUAACAUACUGAUUACGAAUCAAAUUUUUAAUUUACAUUUGUAAGAACUUUUUGUUUCCAGAUAAUAUUUCAUCUUCAACUACAGUUAUAGUUGAAUGUUAAAAGAAAAAAUCAUUAGACAUGUUAAGAAACUGUCUCCAGCUAAGUCUUUUUUCAUUUUUUAACAUUGAUUUUGUGCUACCUUUAGUCACUCAACCUGCAUGCUAAAACUCUGUGUUCUUUGGGUAACAAAGUGAAUAACAAUAUUAAUCUUGCCCUAGUGGAUAUCUUGUUGGCUGAGUUAUGGUAGUUUCAAUGGAAAUAGAAUCAAUUAAAAGAUAUUUUAACAUGUAGAAUAGGAAAUAUGUUCUUCUGUAGUCACCAAAAUUAUCGUUCUAUUGAGUUUCAUAGUAAAAAAAUAAAGUAAGGUGAAAAACCA